AUGAGAACUCUCACCCUCCUUGCUGCCAUUCUCCUGCUGGCCCUCCAGGUCCAGGCUGAGCCACUCAGACAGACAGAUGAUGAAAUUCCAGCCCAGGAUGAGCCUGGAGCAGAGGACCAGGACAUAGCAAUCUCCUAUGCAGGAGACAAACGCUCAGCCCCGGAUGCUCCAGCAACUCAGGCUCCUGACACUCCAUACAGGUCACUGGACUCCAGGAGACUCAAUGCCAUGAGGACCCUUGUGUUCCUUGUUGCCAUUCUUCUGCUGGUCCUCCAAGCCCAGGCUGAGCCACUCAGACAAACAGAUGAUGAAAUUCCAGCCCAGGAUGAGCCUGGAGCAGAGGACCAGGAUGUGGCAAUCUCCUUUGCAGAAGACAAACGUUCAGUCCAAGAGGGUUCAGACUUAAGGAGGACCCGUAUCUGCUACUGCAGAAGACUAGUCUGUCAUGUUGGAGAAAGUCACUUUGGGAGAUGCCAGUACAGAGGUCCUUUGUACAGACGCUGCUGCCGCUAA